CAAGCAAAGUUAGACAUUGUAUGAGAUACUGAUGGCGGACUUUCGCUGCCGGUGAAGACUUCACGUUUCAUUAAGAUCGUUCAAACAACCGCAAUGUCCUCUAAGAGUACAGAUUCGAGGCAGAGGUAUUACAAAAACAAAGACAAAGAUCAAUCGGUGAGUAAUAUAUUUUCUGAUGUUUCACUGUUGGCGGGUGAAUUUGAAUGAGUGUCGGCAUGCGACAGCUGCAUCGUGCAGCAUGUGUUCACUCACGACAAGUUGUAACUUUAGCCAUGAGAGUUAUACCCCAUCAAAGAUGGUUUUUCGAUUUACUGGACAUAACUGAUCAUUACUACCUUACGAGAAGUAGGAGUUCUCAGCCCGUUCACGUUCUUGUUUUUUGUACUGAGUGGUGUGUACCUCAUUGCACAGAUUUUUCCUACAAAUAGUUAAAAGUUUUCAUGAGGUCUCCUGUGAAAUUUUUUUCGUAUGUUUUUCAUUCACUAAGUACUUUCAUUUUAUUUGAUAAGGUUUGUUUGCUUCCAUUAGUGAAAAUUUGUGUUUGUGAAAAUUCUGUUUUGUCUCAUGGUUUUGGCAGCGUUCCCAAAAUUUGUGGCUAGCCUGAUGUGUAAGUCUGUAGUUGUUUCUUUCGCUAAAAUUUUUUGGUAUGCCAGGUUGGUCUCUCUACAUUUUCCCUUUUGUAAGUAUUGUUUUUUCUUUCUGUGGUUGCUUGUGUUUGCUGGUUUUGUCCAAGUGCUGUAUGUUUUGAUUCUAUGAUGCAGUCAUGGCUUUCCUAUGAAGGAUGCACAAGUAGCUGAUUGUCAGAUUGUGUCUGGUAUAGAUCUUGUAUGGUGCAUAGUCUUUCAGGAAGCGUUUGUUGACUAUGAAUUGGAACUUUUAUCCAGUGUUAGUUUUUACCUUUAAAUGCACCAAAGGGUUGUGCCAUGUGAUGUUCCUUUUCCUGUUCUUGUUCUUUUCUUUUGGUUGCUCUGUUUUGGUUUAAAACCAACCUGCACUAUUAGCCACUCUUAUCUGGCACCUUUUGGUAAGGGGCAAUGGCUUUCAUAAAGACUUCUACGCUGAAUAGAUUGUUGGUUAGUUGUUUUUUUGAUGUCUUGUGGGAUAUUUCCUAUCCUAUUACUGGAAAAUGGUUAUUGUACUAGCAGAUAUACAACAGUUUGUUUUUAAUUUCAUACAUUACUAGUAGCAUCAGCUUGAAGGGUUGAAAGCCAUAGCUCUGUCAAACAAAUCUGUCAUGAUGUGGAAUGUACUGUUAAAGUUUUGGUUUGUCCAUGAUGAAUCUUUGAUGCAGCAGGAUUAAUUUGGUUGUAUUGCAAGGUUAUGUUAAUUUGCAAAAAUAAGCACAAUUCAUGAAAUUCUCAGUUAUUGACCUUUUCCUUAUAUACAGAAGAAAUCUUUUCAGGUACAUAGUCAAAAUCCGCCCGUGGCAAAUCUUCCAGUUGUUUAUUUUAUUCUCAGCCAUGAAAAUGCCAUUACCAAAGCCACUGAGUAUAAAACUUUCUGUGUUUCCUUUUGUAUUUUUAUUUCCUUCUUCUUCCAAGAAAUUUUUAAGGUCACUGUCUGUAAGUGAUACCAAUUUUUAAGUGUUUAAGCAGCCAUAAUCCAAGAAAAUUUAGACAUACAACCUUGGAUAAUGAAUGGCAAAUGCUUUGCCAUUCAUUCUUCAACAUGACAGAGUGGUAUGACAGGCAAGUGUUGUGCCAGCAGCUGAUUGGCAGUAUCAAGUGCAUGAAAAAUUAUUUUAUUUUUCACAUUUGUUGUCAGGCUUUUCUCAGGGUUGGGAAUCCUUCUAUAACACUGCAGUUUACAUGAUAAAAGAUUUUACUAAUUUGAAGUGUCAACAAGAUAGUUCUUGUGAAGACCACUGUAGGACAGCAAGUGUAUCGUGAUGUUUAUAUUGUUUUCAGGAAAAACUGCCUUAGAAUUAUAACUUUCCAAGGUCACAACUUGGAGCCAUUCAGUUUUCUGGAUUUAAAUUUUCACAUACAAAUAUCUUUAAGGAUGAUGUACAGUAGAAAAUACACUGUACAUGGUACACUCUGUUUACUGUACUAUCAUUGUUGAUUCUGUGAUUUGUUCUUUUUUGCGAAGAAAGGGAGUUUGCACCAGUCUGUGGCAGGCUGGAAGCUAAGUUGAAUGGAAGGAGUGCAAUUUGUUAUUAGUUUGUAUUGUCAAGUAAUAAAUUUCUCAUUUCGUAGUGAGGUAUAGCUUGCACAAGGAGUUCUUAACAUGACAUGCCUUUCUUCUUCUUUUUUUUUUUCAGGCACUAAGACAAAGGAGGAAUGAAGUCACAAUAGAGCUAAGAAAGGUUUCUUGUUGUAUUUGUUUUUAAGGGCAUUCACUUUCUCUCUUUGUUGCUUCAUGCUCUUGCCAAUGUAAAGAGUAAUUUCACUUCCAGUUUUCAUAUUUUGCACAUUUACAGUGGGGUAGGGGGUAAUACCUACAAGUACAACAAAAUGUUUUUGUUUUUCUUUUAUUUAUUUUUACUCACAUUCUAAAUCUAGACUAUUUUGAUACUGAAAUGUCUUAAAUCAAGCAUGAAGUAAGAGCUGCGACUGUAACAAAGAGUCGUAGGAAAACUUUAACAGGAUUGCAUAUAUUUUCUCGAACACUCUUACAAAUUUUUCUUACAAAAUAUUUGGCUUGAGUUCCCAUCUUUGAAGAGUUUAUUCUUGGCUGAUAUUCUCAGUUUGAUUGAAAAUGCUAAUUUUCCCUCUAUGAUUCCUUAAAUUAACUAAUACUUAAUCUUAAUUUACUGGUUAAUUUGUAUCAAUAACAGGCCAAAAGAGAUGACUGUGUUCAAAAGAAGAGAAAUGUCCCACAGGAUAUUGUGGAUGAUAAAGAGGAUCACCUACAGGUUAUUACAUAGCUCUUAAUGUGGAUAUUUAUUAUGUCCAGGCUUUAGACAGAAUAUGCAGGGUGAAAGGAAAAAUUUAUGGAGGAAAAGUCUAAUUGAAAAAUUCAACUUUGUUAAUCAUCUUCUGACCAUGGAUCCUCUAUUGCAAAUGGCCAUAAAUUUCUCAGUCAGACAGGAGUUGCAGUUUAAAAGUAGUUUGUGAGCUGUUGUAGCGUGGGCAUGUCUGUAUUAUCCAUCUUUCUCUCCAUCCAUUUGUCCAUCCUUUUAUCCAUCAGUCUUUCUGUCUUUGUAAUAUUUUUUUGUAUUUUAACAGGGAAAGAGUCUGCAGAGUAUUGUUGUGGUAAGUUUUUGUUGCUUACUGGGAACAAAAAUAGUGUAAUGUACUUCAACUGGCCUGUUUGUCGAUUACUGAUUUUGGCUUAAAUAACACUAAUAUGUAAAAUAAAACAGUAUUGAUGGUUUUUUGUGUGAUUAUCAGAGCAAUUUUCAAUCAAGUGUAAAACUUGAUUGAAAAUUCACCACAUGAUUGAUUUGCCUCUGAUUAAGUUUGGAGAUUCUCUUUACCUCUUCACACCCACAUUAUACAGAGUAGCUUGCAUUUCUUUGUUAAAUAAAAACUGUAAUGUUGUUAUAUGAUAAUGUUUUCAGUAAGUAAGUAACAACUUUAUUUAAAGAGGGUGGCACUGACAAGUUAUCAGGAGAUAAUGAAAGACAACUUAAGCUAUAUAUUACAUGUAGGCAUGCAUUUUCCAUUCUUGAUGUAACUGGCCAGUCUGGAUCACUAUGUUUGAGUAAAUUAGUCACAUGUAACUUUAUCGUGUCUAGAAUGCAAGUAGUCAAGACCCCAAAGAGCAACUUGGUGCUGUACAAGCAGCAAGGUACAUAUGUUAUCUAGUGUACUGUGUCUUGUUAGAGGUCCCAGCAGCUUUGAUUUCAAGAGCAGCCUGGAAAAUUUACAAUACUGCAAACUUCAAAUGGGUUUGGUAUCUGAAAUAUUUUUAUAAGUUGUUUUGGCAGAAUUUUGGUGAUUUUAAAUCUAUUACUGCCAACAAAAGAUUGGUUGCAUCAAUCACUGAGCACUGUUGUUAAUUCUUUUGAGUAACUAUGUUUGUGUCUGCCUCCAAUGUUCUGUAGGACUGCAUUGUGAAGCUUGGAUUUUUAAAUUUAAGCUUUGUUUAAAUACCUUUUCAAAUUUUUUGCUAGGAAACUACUUUCUAAAGAUCGCAAUCCUCCCAUUGAUGAACUGAUAGAGUAAGUUUAAAUAUAUUUUGUUUUAGUUAUUAUCAAACCUGAAAAUCCAAUGUUAGGAAAAUUAAUUAUAUGUUCAAAGCACAGCAAUAUAAAUGAAUAUUAGCCUUAAGAUAUUGAGAGGGCAUUGUAACUAAGGUAUACUCACACUGGUGAGAGUUGGGACAUGCUCCAGUAGUUAGAAGUUACCACCAUAAGGAUGAUUGGUUUUAUUUUUAAAAUGAGAGUGAAAGCAUGUUCUGGAUACUGGGACAAAGAAGUAGCAUUUUUACAGGUAUUUUAAAGAGGUUGGCUUUUAGUGAAGGUUGAAUGGUAUGCUGACAAAGUGGGCAUAAAUGUUCCUACAGUACAUAAUUAGUGGUGUUACAGAAUGAUGUAAUUUCAUUGGUUAAUACAUCACCAGUAUUUGAAAUGUGUCAAUUCAAUGUUCAAUUCAUUUUCAUUUCUACACUCUACAUUUAGGUCUGGCAUUCUCCCAGUUCUUGUAAAAUGCCUUGAAAGAGAUGACAAGUAAGUUGAUCGUAUGUGUAAACAAAAAAUAAAUUGUUAACUCAUCAAAUAAUGUAAGGGAUUUACCAUUCCCCCAUUUAUUUCACCUCAAUUUUGAAGUUUUGGGUUCUACUUUUCGAAAUGCAUGCUACAACCUUAUCUGAGUAUCAUAUAAGUGUUCUUUAUGACCAACAAAUAUUCCGAUGACCUCAAAAUUUUUUGGUUUUGUGGGCUUGCUGUCUGUAUUUUUCCCCUGUUCAACAUUGUACUAAAUAGAGGAUAUUGCAUGGUGGCAAGAAGAUGAAUUUUAUGUUUGACAUAAAAUUCAUAUCUUUAAGCUAAUGUGUAAUUUUCUUUUUAUUGUAUAUGGACAAUAAAUAGACAUGAUAGAGACUUAAAAGUUGGCUCUAUGAAAAUACUGGGUAUCACUUGAAACAAAAUACCUGUUGCCUAAAUUAUAAGAAGGUUUUCAUGUAGCACUGUCAGCUAGACCAAAAUAUUUGUGAGCUGGUUUUAUCUGCCCAGUGAAAAUUCAGUUACUGAUUCUGACAUGAAUCAUUGCAUACUAUUAUUUACAAACCUUUGAAGGCUGUUCAGCACAAACAGAACAAAAAUUUACCUUUGUUUGUCUCUUUCACUGUAGUGAGCAGACACUUUUGACUAUUCCUUAUUACUACAACUACGUAAAUACAUGUACCUUUAAAUGCGUACAAUAAUAAGGGUGCUUUUGAUUUUUGUGGUGUUGGGAAGGUUAUCUCUCAUUGAUUUAAUUUUCUGAUUAUUAUUAGGGGUUUCAAUGAGCUAGCAGAAGUCUGCCACUGCAUAAAGAACUCUUGCCAUUUUCUGUUUUGAUUCUAUUUUUAUAAGUUUGUAUGACUCAUGUCAAGGUCACAGCCAUUUGUUUGGCAGUUGGAAGCCCCUGGAUAAAAAGGUUACUUAAACCCUGUGGUUGAUUUUCUUCUUCCCUCUCUUCCACUUCUCAGCCCUUCUCUUCAGUUUGAAGCUGCUUGGGCUUUAACCAACAUAGCAUCAGGUACAUCAGAACAAACAAAGGCUGUAGUGAAAGCUGGUGAGUAUGAACAGUAAUACUACAACUUCUGUUGCUGGGUGCAUUCAUCAACUUGUUUACUGUUUUAUUUUUUAGGUAACCUAACCCAGCUUAACUUAACUAAACUAUUAGAAGAUAAUAUAAUGAUUGAAAAAUUGACAGUUUUAAAAUCACUCUAUUUGGUUCUAGAUGCUGUUAAGUACUUCAUGAAGUUACUUGGUUCUCCACAUCAGAAUGUGUGUGAGCAAGCAGUUUGGGCACUAGGGAACAUUAUUGGUAAGAGUUAAUAGAUGUUUAUUCAAGAUACCUUGAGGGUCAUGAUUGUUAAAUAUCCUAUUGUUUAUUUCACUAGUAAACUUAUAGAAAAUUGAAAUAUUCUGUGUUCUGAUUUCAGUUUAAUUUAGAAAAGUAAUGGACCACACUUUCUAUCAGUUUCCUAGGGUAUUAACCAACUUGGGAUGUUGGGAGAACACUCGAAAAGUUUGUAAAUCACUUGCCUUGAGCUGGUGACUAACAACCUUUGCCUUUGUUCUUCCAGCAUCCCAAGUGAGUUAUUUCACCUGUAAUUUUGGCAAAAAAAAUCGUUGAAAGUGCAUUGUUGAGAGUUUGAAUUAACAUUUCCCAAAGUUCCUUGGGACCCAAGAUAAACUUUGGUCAGAAUACUGAACACUUGUCCAAUAAGUGAUAGAGGUUAAAAGUAAUUAAAUUCUUGUAAGAGUUACAUAAAAGGUUUAUCUAUAGUUCGUGCUCCUGGAUUGAUACAGUGCUUGUGUUAUGCUUAUUGAUGUAAGACAAAGGAAAAUUAGAAAUUAAACUUGCAUGGAAAAGAAAUGUAAAACUUUUAACCACAACAUAAAUUUAUGGACUUUGUUCCUUUGAUCUGGGUCACUUGGUUUUACAUGUUUUUUUUUUCCAGGUGAUGGUCCCAAUUUAAGAGAUUUUGUCAUUAACCAUGGAGUAGUGGCUCCACUGCUGAAGUUUGUUAACCCAAAUGUUCCUGUAAGAUUUUAAUUUUUAAAAAGAAGUUGCAGUAUCAUUUGGCCACUGAGCUGAAAUUUAGUUCUUGUUAUAUUUUGAUAUGUGAAAACUUUUCUUUGCAUUUUAAGAAAUUCAAAGAAAUGAAGUUGUAGUUUUUCUUUGUGUCAACCUCUGUAUUGCUUUGUUCCUCUUCUUAUCAUUUAAUAUCUUUCGAAUUUACAGAUCAGUUUCUUGAGAAAUGUGACAUGGGUGAUUGUUAAUCUGUGUAGAAACAAAGAACCACCACCCCCAAUGGAAACAAUUCAAGAGGUAACUUAAUCCUGUGCAGUGGUAAGAAAACCUUCCUGCAGGAUGGAUUUUGUAAGGAUAGCUCCCUUAACAUUCCAAUGUAAUUGGAUUAGUGUGACGUUAGCUUACGUUAGAGUCUCCCAGCUUAGUUAUGAGUUAUCAAUUGUCUUUAUAGAUAGCCCUUUUUUUUUUUGUAUUAACUUUACUAUAAUGCUGAACGUGAAUUGUUGUACUUGUUAUUUGUAGGUUCUUCCUGCACUAGCUCUCCUCAUUCAUCACCCAGAUCUAAAUGUGAGUAGGGAGGUUUUUUGUUAAAAUGACUUCAUGGUUCUAACCUUAAACUUGCAGAAGUGAUAAACAUGUAACUCUUCCUUUAAUAUUCACACCUUAUCCCGCAAACAGUUGAUAAGAAUACUCAACUUAUCAGGUAGAAGUUAUCUUGAUCUAACAUCAAAUUCUUGUAAUUAAUUUACAAGGUAAUAUUUGGCAGGUUGAAGGGAAAAUUAUGAAUUUCAUCUUGGUAGUUAAAGGGUUCAUUAUGGAUAUAGUCUGCUGAAAUGCGUGAAAUGCCUGCCAGUUUUGUUCAGUUUUGUUUAGAGUUUAUUUUAGGGUGGACUCGAGAUGUUUAAGUCACUUGGUGCUUUAUUCUAGAGAUAUCAAUAUCUCAUGACAAAAUGGCUUUAAUACCAUUCUCCAUCAUAGCCAGGAUUAUAAUGAUGGACCCUGGUUAGAAGUUGGAUAAUUUACCAGUAUUUUCCAAGUAGGUAGUCAUCAUCAAUAACGAGGGUUUUGUGCUCAAGGCAGGUGUGGGCAUUUAUUGUUUAUGGUUGGGGUGCAAUUAGGUCAGGCCAGUUGGAUAUCACAACCAGCCUUUUAAAAUAUAAACACUUAAAUUCGGCUCACGCAGGUAGCACACGUAGAUAACACUCUGUAAGGUGUGUCAUGUCACUGUUCCGUUGGUGUGGUCCGUCCCAGCUGGCAAAUGUCUUCUUAAGUCUUUUGAUUUUUCCUGUUUGAAAUCCUAAUCUACCAUCGUCAACAAGUUUCUUGACUUUUCUGCCCAAUUGUAUUUCAGAUCUUAGUUGACACAGUCUGGGCAUUGUCUUAUCUCACAGAUGGCGGUAAUCACCAAAUUCAGGUAUUAAUGGUGAAUGUAGUCAACGUUGUGGAAAUGGUUACAACGCUAUUAACAAAAGAUAACAGUGAAAGUUUGUAAGAAGAGGAAAAAUAAAUUAAUAACAGAUUCAGGUUCGUGUCAUAAGCUGCUGAAGGAGAAAAACACAUUUCAUGCGUGCACUGGUUAAGGUUUCGUUUCCGUUCACUCUCGACCUGCAUUUAAUUUUGAUACUCGCGGUCUUUAGUUUAGUCAAUCAAUAAACAGGUAGGAAACUAAUAUUUUCUUAAAAGUCGUUUCGUACCCACGGACGUUUCGCACCCAGUCGAUUCUUACCCAGCCAGAACCAUUCGUAUCCAGUCAGCUGAUUCGUUUCGCACCCAUACUAAUAAGGAUUAUUUUUCACGUUAAAUAAAUUAAGUAUUUGAGUAAAUGUUAAAAGUAAAGUCGAUUUCUCAUGUUCAGUAGCAAUAUAUUCUGCGCGAAACAAGUUCUGUUUAUGUGGCGUCCAUUUGCGGCCAGCAUUCGUGGGGGGUUUUGUCAAUUUGGCAGCCAACGCUCUUUAAUAAUCAUUGAUUGAGAAAGAAAGACGGAUAAUCGCUUGCACGUGGUCCUGCUUUGACUUGUCGAUUUUUUUUCUCUUAACCACGGAUAUUUUCUGGCUCUAAAUGCAGUGCAGAUGACAAUCAACGCUCGUACAUUCAGUUUAUUCAUCAGUCUUCUGAAAGGUGUAAACUUACGCCCUCCCCUCCCUCCCCCCUUCUGAUAAAACACCAGAGUAGACAUAUUUACGGAAGCAUAUAUCCAAAAAACGUUGGAGGUUUCCAUAGUUAAAAGGCAAUUUUUCCAACUAUAUUUUGGGAAGUUAUGAGAAGUGCGAUCUAGUUUGACGUAGGGAUUUACUAAACUGCCUUUGGUUAACUUUUAGGAAGUUAUUGAUAAUGGAGUUGUUCCAUCCCUUAUACCCCUAUUGAGCCAUGGUGAAAUAAAACUACAGGUAAGUAAAAGCCUUAUCAAUCGUGUACAUGGAAACCACAUGGAAACGACAUGGCAAUAGCUGAAGCAUCAGUUUGCAGCAAAUUAAUAUCAAAGCAUAUUUGUUUUAAGAACAUUAAAAAAAAUCGCAAGUAUUUGAGUCGUUUUCUCCAGUCAAUCGUUAAAAUUAGUGCUAUUAGAGGUUAAGGAUUUUACUGAGCCUUGCUGUUGACUUUAUUUGUUGUCCACUCUCUGUAACCCAGACUGCAGCAUUACGAGCAGUGGGAAACAUUGUCACUGGGACCGAUGAACAGACUCAAGUAAGUUGUAAGUUGUAAGUUUAGACCUAGACACCAUGUAAGCAAUGUUGGUUUAUGUAAUCCGUUACAUAUUUAAGCUCGCGCCCGAUGGUUUCAUCGGAUUACGUGACUGAAAAUGUCAUAGUUGAUAUUCUCUAGAUGUUAUUCCUCAAAUUGCAAACCUCGGUUCUCAUCCGAAUAAAGUUCCUGUCCGAGAUGUGAUUCGUGAUGGUAAAGGGAUUUUUUUUGUUACAAAAGUAUACACAAACUUUUUGGAUCGUUGAGUUUUACGUAAGAACACCGAAACAUCAACGUCUUACUCGUUAAAAGUUUGCCUGUACGCUAUUGGUAAAAUUUUAUUGAACGCUGUGCAAAGAUGUAUGCUUUUUAGCAUCAAGUGGCGGAGCUGUGAAACGAGCGGCGAAGCCCCGAGAGGCAUGAGACGGGAAAAUCGUAUGAAAAAAUUGCUGAUUCUCCGCUGGUCGUUUUCGCGGCUCCGCCUCCCUUUUGUUUCAUCGAACGACCAAAACACCGCUAAUUAAGCAAGAUAAGUGUUUGAAGGAUAGAAAACAUAUUGGUCUCUAUUUGGUUAAAAAAUAUCUUCAUAUUUAUGUCAUAUCUGUUUCCUGAAGCUGUCCUAUUUCUUUUACCUUCGCUCUCGGAAAACUGUUCGCUUCUCGGAACAGAUAAUGUUUGCGAUCAGAUGUCUAAGCAUAUUUUUGCACUCAAUGGAGGCUUCUGUUUCUAAACUUACUUUUUUAUUCCUUUUUCUUCAGGUUGUCCUAAACCAUGACGCCCUGAGCCACUUCCCAGCGUUACUUAAUCACCACAAGGAGAAAGUAAAAAAGGUCAGAAAGCUUAAAUACAAACUUAAUACAGGAUGUAUGGCUUGUGUGCGCAGAAAACGGCGAACUAUAGUUGCGCAAAAGUAUACUAACAGAACAAAAACCUGCAGUGACCUUGAUUAUGAUAACCUCCAUAUUGUACUCAAGUUUACGAUUGACUUCUUUAAAAUAUUAGUUUUAUCUUUACUCGGAAUUAACUGUAAAUACAUUAACUCUAUUUUCGCUGAUAUAAACUGAGGAACAAUUCUAGACAUACUCCUGGUAUGAACUUGCGAUUAGCUUAUUUGAGCAAUAGAGACUUUUCCGUGCUUUCACACCCCUUACCCAAACACUGGAGUGUAGGAAGUCAAUCAUGCAAACCAGAGACGCAAUUAAGGGUUCGCUUUUCUGUAAGGAAGUCCUCCACCCCUUCCCUCCGCCCCUGGUAAUUUAAAGCUGUCUUACUUUUAAGAAGUAUUCCUCAAAAAAAACGCGCCAUUGUUUAACGUCAUAGCCUUGUUUACAUACUUUUAUCCAAAGAAACCUCACGAUCAUUCGUUGUAUUGAAUAGGAGGCAGUUUGGUUUUUGUCCAACAUAACAGCUGGCAAUCAGACGCAAGUUCAGGUAAAUGACCCCUGCCGACUAUUCAUGUAGUAAUCCAUUAGAGAGGAUCAGUCAAAAAAACUACUUAAGAAUUACGGAACCUUUUUUUGAUUGGGUGGAAACGGAAAACGCCGACGAAGCAAGCUGAUAAAAAAUUGCUAGGCUGAACAAGCAGCGGUUUGGGUCGUAAUGUAGUGUAUACAUGUGUUGUAAGUCAGUCCGACUUACACCACACGAGUAUUAUAGUCAAUAACAUCACGGGUAAACUGAUCAACCAGUUUACGCGAACCAGACGUAAAAUACUCUGUCACUUAUAACACUGAUGACGACUUCCACUUUGGUUGUCGAAACGUCAGUCAACAAUAUUUCAACAGUCCUUCUCAGGACUACCCGGACGAUCAGAUUACUUGUUUUACAUGAAAUGUAAGGAAAAAAAUUCGUCUAUUUUGUUGAUCAAUGUGAUAUUUUAGUGGCUUAAUUAACGUGCUCUUUUGAAUUUUAGGAAAUUAUUAAUGCAGGGCUUGUACCACUGAUUAUUCAAACUUUGGAAACGGUAACUAUAAUAUUAGAUUGGUGAUAGAUUCAAUGACAUAGCCUUUUUAAAACUAGAAAUACAAUUUAGCUCUGUUUUUACUAUUACCUUAACAUUCCAUGGGUAUUCCAUCCAUUAAGGAUAAUUUGUGGAAGUAACUGAUAUCCAAUUUUCUCGUUUUUUCUUUAAUUUUUAGGGCGAAUUUCUGACGCAGAAGGAGGCGGCAUGGGCGAUUAGUAAUUUUACAGUGAGCGGCAACCCUCAACAGGUGAACAUUUGCUACCUUUACAAAUUCGCAUAGUUGUGCCCAUGACACAGGUAGCCCAAGCCUCUGCACACAUGCUAACAGCUUGUGAUCCGCAGCUGUAACAGUAUUUCCAUAUUUACAGAGGCUCAAAGUGCGAGCCUGGGCUUCUUGUGGACACAUGGAAAGUAAGGCUGGUUUUCCCUAUUGUCCUCGUUCCGGAGGUUUGGAAGUGGUAAACAUUCUAGGGUAUGUCUAAUGUAUUUUCAAAUACCACUUGGAUGGUGAAGGACGAAAUCUUACGAAAUCAAUGGAAGAUUAAUUGGAUGAUAGUGUCUUGUGUUAUUCUGUUUGAGUCUAGGUAGCAGUCCUAGUAAACUGUGGUGCGAUUCCUCCAUUCUGCAAGUUGUUGGAUUGCAUGGAUACCCAGGUAAAAGUUGUAGACAUGUUGGCGCCCGCGCUUUGCGGCGAAUGGUGUGCAUGCUUUGCCAUCGAAACGUGGGGGCUUGUUGUUAUGACUCAUUAGCGCAUAAAGCUUGCCCAUAUUCUCUUUGUGUGUCUGGAUUCUUGCUGUGGCUUAUCUUGUAGCUCGGAAUGGGUAACUGACUCCUUAGAAGUAACGCGUUUCAAAGUGAGAUCUGAGAUCAGCAAAAUUAACUGACAAUGAUGCAAACUCUUAAGGAAAAGUAGGUGCUGCUGCCACGGAGUGUAGUUUUUUAACAGCUAUUUUUGUUAGAAACCUGGACAACACAACAUCACUUUGCAAAAUCUUUUGGUUCUUUCUCGUGGUCUAGGCUGAAUGGAAGCUGUUUUCGACAGCCACAUCAUUUCUGCCUUCAAUCUUUAUUUGUAUCACGACUAACCACAAGGGUCCUUUGAUGCAGAAAGAUAUAUGUGUGUGUGGUUUUUUUUCCGUAGUUGAACCACUGUAUCGAUGAAUAAGACAUUACCGCUUGUGAAUUUAUAUUAAUGGUGACACGCUUUACAUAACAGGUCGUCCAGAUUGUGUUGGAUGGUUUAAAUAAUAUCUUAAAGGUGAGAAACUUCUCUCUGUCACACUUCACAGCAGACACACAGUUAUUGACUCGGACACGCUGUAAGCUUUUGGUUUAUACUCUGCUGAUUCAAUUUUCAAUCAAGAAUUGUCACAACUAACUUUUAGGGGUUUAAACUUGAAAAGGUUUUGAAACAUGUUAAGUAACGUUGUCUUGAUGACCGAAAUUGUGUUCUUCCGCCAUCGUAACCUGUGUAUUGAAGGAUAAUGGAUACGUGAGUAGGUAGGCUGGCAGGACAAGGCCAGCUAAAAAGGUAAGAAAAAGAGUUUUGUUUUGAGUAAUCUUUGAACUAAAUCUUUUGGUAUGUUGUUGCAGAUGGCAGGGGACAGGUCUGAUGCUAUCGCAACCAUUAUAGAAGAAGCUGGAGGUUGGUAUAUACAUGUAUAGCUUAGUUACAAAUUACAAUAACUAACAACAAUUCAAGACAGAAGUAAGGUUUGUAGUUUUACGUUAAAACUUCUCAAUCCUAAGACUGAUCUAAAAUAAUUUCUCCUCACUGCACUGUCUCACCAUACAUUUCUUCCCCAGUGAUUAAAAUUGUAUUGAUAUCAUGACUACAGAUUCAAUUUUGGUGUCUCCUGGACUUGGAAAGGACAAAAACAGUUGGCGACCCAAAUUUGAUCUGUAUUGGAGGUUAAAUACUGAAAUGAUUUCAAAACAUUAGUUGUUGUCCUAAUGCAAGUACAUGCAUUCCUCUAUACUUCUUAGCGCAGACUGGCAGGAAUAAGGCAUGCAAACAAACGUAUACUUAGAGUGCCUUAUAAACAAAAAUUACUUUAAUAUCUUGGUAUUUGCACUUAUUAUUGCGACUUCGAGAGAUUGGAACAGGGUCUAAUUUUUAAGCAUGAAGCAGGCAUUUAUGAACAGUUUGGGUCUCAGGCGGAAUUGUCGUUGACAGAAUGGACUAGAUCUGUGUUCCUAGAUGACGAGAUCACUAGUUUGAAAUACCUUGUUUUGUUAGACGUGGCUGAAUGUUACAGUUUUAAAAAGUUUUGUCUCUUUUUUUCAAUCGGUCCUGUCUUAUAAGAAGAUAAACAGUUAGCUUUUAAGGAACAUACGUAACUCAAUUUUGCUUGAUUUCGCGAAGUAAAAUUGAAGGUCCUCACAGAGUAAUUCACCGCCUCGCGUAAUAGCAGCCACCGUUUUCACGUAGUUUAGUGUUUGAAAAUUAGUAGCAAUACGUUAGAAGACCUCUUACUCAGCAGUCUUGACGAAGAAUUUCUUUCCUUCUUUUCUUGCUUUAAGUUAUUUAAAACGGAGCUUCACGUUGAAUUCGCUUUUCAUCGUGAAUGUAGCCGAGAAGAGGGUCUUGUUAGGCGUCUAAGGGAAUACAGUCGCUGUCGCUUCAUCCAGUUUGAAAAUUAGUUUCUAGUCCAAAGGAAGGAUUUGAACAGCCAAACCUGUUAGUGAGGCUGUUGCAGGCACCUAGUUUGUGGGGACGGGCGAAAAAGUGGGCGAGUGGGUGGAAAAAUGUGUGGGACUAAGGAGAGCGACGACCCCGUCGAUUCACGCUACCCACUUUUUCACUCAUCCUUACUGAGCAUGGUAGAGGAGAGAAAAGGAGCGAUUAUUGCAAGGUGCCAUGCGCUAUUCAUGGUAGUACAGGGACCAAGAUAGCGCUAUAUGGAAGUCGGACUUUAACUCAGCAACCGUAUCGCGGCCUCAGAAUAAUUUGAUCUGUCCUAUUCCAGGUUUGGAUAAGAUUGAAUUCCUCCAGCAACACGAAAAUGAAGAAAUCUACAAACUCGCUUUUGGAAUAAUAGAUCAGUACUUUUCUAAUGAGGUAUGUUCUCUGUUAUUUUAAUGAGGCUCUGUUUGUUAUGGUGUAGCACGAAAUAAACCAGACGCGAAGCUGCUGUAGUAAUUGUACUCUCUGUAAUUUUUCGCCAUAGACUCAGUCAUACUUGUUCAUCCUAUAUGAGUGUCACUGGGAUUUUUUUCGAUCUCUUCGGGCCGUGAAAAUAGUAAAAAAGGAAGGGUGGCAGUGCUUAUGCCCUCAUAUGAUAGUUAUUUGUCAGUCUUGACCGUGUCAAAACAGGUCUAAAACUGAAGCAAAGCUCUUUGAAACCCCGAUACAGCGGGAACACAAGCGGAAUAGUGUCUUUUCUGGUUCUGUUGACUUGUUAAGGCUUGUUUGUCGAGCUGCAAGGUUGUCUAUACAUUUACGUACCCGUGCACGAAACUAGGCAAAAAAAAUGAGUUGAUAUGAUCUUACACAUGCCCAUGAUCAAGGAAAUGUAACAACUCAUUAGAAACGGGAAAGUCUGAUUUCCCGCAAAUUUAAAAAUGCUCCGAAGUAAGAGUUCCGUUAAUUUCUCACAUUUUUCUAUCUUCACUGUGUUUGCGGUUCAGUGAAGCCCUGUCAUUGUAAUACGCUUGACAGAACAAACGCGGAUUGAAUGUAAAGCUCAUAGCGUCAGAUUUGAUUUGCUCUGUGGUCCUUAGCAUGUGGUUGAUUGUUUUGCCUUGUGACUUCUAGACCUUGCUUGCUCGCUUUCACUGAUUGAAUUGACUCGCUAUGCAUAAGCAAUGACAAUACCGGUGGGAUUCCGGUAAAUUUUUAUAGUGUUAAAGCACCGUGAAACAACCGUGUAGAUAUUAGAUGUACUUGAAAGUACUGUGCGUAAUUUCUCUCGAUUGAUAAGAUGUUGUAACUUGUAUACCUUAAGCCGUUUUCAGUCCUACUUCUUUAGUUUGAAUUCCAUUUUAAUCAUAAGCUGUCAUUCCCAGUUACCUACCUUCAGGUUGUCAAUACAGUGCCUUGCUGCUUGUGUCACUGAUUUUAAACGCUUUUAACGCUUUCUUUGUUAACACUCUUUUUUUAGCUGCACGUUGUCUGUCUACUUGUACAAAAUCUUUUCUGCUGCUGUUUUUAUCUGCACAGGGUGACAACGGUGACGAAGAUUUAGCUCCAACAGAAGUGGAUGGCCAGUUCGAGUUUCAAGCUAAAGAUAAUCUUCCUCCCGGUGGCUUCAAAUUCUGCUAGGCGGCGAUUUCCAACCUUCUACUCGAAAUCUUCCCAAAGAAUGAAGUCGUGGGGGCGUGCGUGGAGGCAUGCGUGCGUGUGAGCGAGCGUGCGAGACGACGCGCGAGAGUGCGAGCGAGAAAACGCGCGAGAGUGCGAGAGAACAAAUCAUGACAGAGAGAGAUCACUUUCGAAAUAAGAGAAUGAACGGAGAGGGCUUGUGAGGGAGUGCGUGAAAUAUGGAAUUGUCUUCUGCAGUAACUCUGUCGCCUAAUCACAAGCGAGGAGACCGUUUCACCAAAGUAAUUUAAUUAGAAGAAUUUCAUCUUAUCAGCAUAUGGCGGUAAUUACUGGCCGCCACCGCUUGACUUUCCCACCGGGUCCAAGCAACAGGAUGAUGCUCCAUUGGAAUGUGUUGGAAUCAUAGGCGGGUGAUAUUACUCGUACUGCCUUGCUAAUAGUAAAAGGAGGCAGAGUAAAUAAGGCUAACCAGAGGAUUUUUUAAAGAAUUACAUCCAUAUGUAUUUAGUGCGAGGAUCAAGAGUCCCACGCUAACAAGUGAGAAGAGAAGAGGUGUUAAGAAAAGAAUCAUCCUGUCUAGGAUUAGUUUCUUUCUUGUUUAGCCAUGGAAGGAACAAACUGAAUGUUACGGUGGACAAUCAUUUUGCCCGAACUUUUAAAAUUUUUCGUUUGAUUUGUUUUGUAUAGAUUUGGAGAUGCCAAAAUGCUAUUAUGUUUAACCACCGUUGUUUUGUAAUUUUGUGCGGUUUUAGAGGAAGAAAUUUUCUCCUUUCCUUUCUGUCUUUUAUCUCAUUCUUAUGAUAAAUUACUGGAAUAUGUUUUGUAAUUCUACGAAAGAUGGAUCAUUGUAUAGUACCGAAUUUUAUUAGUAAAUUUUACCAUUUUUCCC